AACUUAAAAUCACAUGCCCCUGACUGCUUCCUUGUUUGUAUCAACAUGGCUUUACAAACGACUGGGUUGUUUGUGUCUAACGUAACCUUAUUGUUGUUGUUUUGUCUGUUUGUUGGUGCAGAGGGACAGUUUAAAGGCUUCAGGAGGUUUAAUGUGGUGCAGGUUAGCAGCCAGAGGUCUGAGUCUGAGGAGCUGUGGUUCACUCAGAAGCUGGACCACUUCAAUGGGGCAGACAGCAGAGAGUGGAAGCAAAGGUACUUUGUAAAUGAAGCCUACCACAGACCAGGUGGCCCAGUGUUUCUGAUGAUCGGUGGAGAGGGUCCGGCCAAUCCAGCCUGGAUGCAGAGCGGCUCCUGGCUCACCUAUGCAGAGAAACUAGGAGCCCUUUGUUUGAUGCUGGAGCAUCGCUUCUAUGGAAAGAGUCACCCAACCACUGACCUCAGCACAGACAACCUGCGUUUCCUCAGUAGUCGUCAGGCGUUGGCUGACCUGGCACACUUCCGCACCGGGAUGGCUGAGGCCCGAGGGCUGAGCGACAGGAAGUGGGUGGCGUUUGGUGGCUCGUACCCAGGUUCUCUCGCUGCCUGGUUCAGACUCAAGUAUCCUCACCUGGUUCAUGCCUCUGCGGCCACGAGUGCACCUGUUUAUGCUACGGUUAACUUCCCAGAGUACUUGGAGGUUGUGUGGCGUUCGCUGGCCUCAGAGAACUCAGAGUGCCCCAUAAUGGUAAAAAAGGCUUCAGAUACCAUUAUGGAGCGCCUGAAGGACCCCAAGACUUACGACAACAUCACCAAAGACUUCAACUUGUGUUCCAAACUGCAGAUCCAGACAGAGAUGGACUCUGCCUACUUCCUGGAAACCCUGGCUGGCAACUUCAUGGAUGUGGUCCAGUACAAUGAAGACAACAGGGGGUUCGAGGGCGCGCUGGGCACCAACAUCACCAUCAAGGUGCUGUGUGGAGUGAUGAGUGACACCUCACUGGGCGACCCGUACGCCCGCUAUGCUGCUGUGGCCCGCCUCAUGAUGGACACCUUCUCUAUUAAAUGCCUGGAUGCCAGCUUCAAUAGCUAUGUUAAAGAGAUGACUAAUGCAUCUUGGGACGGUCCGGCUGCAGGGGGAGGGAGGCAGUGGGUCUACCAGACCUGCACUGAAUUUGGAUUCUACCAGAGCACAGAUUCCCCGAACCAACCAUUCACUGGCUUCCCCCUUGUGUAUCAUGUGAAACAGUGUGCAGACUUCUACAACGUCAGUGCUGAGCAGCUGGCGGAGGCCGUGGCCCAGACCAACGAAUAUUACGGCGGCUAUGACAUUCGCUCCACCAGAAUUGUUCUUCCCAACGGCUCCAUUGACCCAUGGCACGCCUUGGGAGUCACCCAAGAUAUCACACCUGACCUCCCUGCUGUAUUCAUCAAAGGAACAGCCCACUGUGCCAACAUGUACCCUGCCAGGAGUGAGGAUCUCCCCCAGCUGGCUCUGGCCCGUGACCACAUCUUCUUACUCCUCCAGAAGUGGUUGAAGCCAUGACUGACAGACCAAUCAGCAGCUUUGCAGAGCAAUCUAAUUACUCCUUUGUCCUGAUCAUUGACAUUGGAGUGAGACUGCUUACUUUACUGCCAUGCAUUUGAUUGCUUGAAACGGCACUUUACACAAGCAUUAGAAGGUACAAAGUUCACAACCUGGUCUCACAGAAAUCCGUGAAAUAGCCACGGAUUUCGCUUAACUCAAAAUCUGUGGAAUAGCCACGGAAUCGCUCAAAUUUCCGUGAAACUGACACGGAUUUUGCUACAAUGCAAGUUAAAGACAGUCAUAUCCCGUGGCCAUCCCAUUGAUAUUUUUUCCUAUUGGUUUGUUCCAAGUCACGUGACUUUCAAGGUUCCGGCGAUCAGAACAAAAAACAUGGCGGACAUUUCUCUCAUUUAUAGUGAAAAAAUUAAUAUUUUGACUUUGUUUCUGCAUAAAAAUGGAUUUUGAUCACAUUUCUAGCGAGAAAUAUAUGUUUUAUUUUCUAAAUAUUCACUCAGUGAAUGUACAUAAUCACUUUGUAUGUUGGAAUAACCACGGGAUAUGACUGUCAUUAACUUGCAUUGUAGCGAAAUCCGUGUCAGUUUCACGGAAAUUUGAGCGAUUCCGUGGCUAUUUCACGGAUUUCUGUGAGACCAUGUUGAAAGUUCAGGUAUUUUCAAUGUGCGAAACCAUUUUGAGCUGAUGAAUAAAUUAUACUUUUUAUGAGUGUAGAAGCUGUGUUUUAUGUUUCAUUCUGACUUGGCAUCGCAGAAGGGAAUAUAAUGCAUUUCUUGCAGGGUAUACCUACUUACUUAAAGCAGUUUGCCUUCUCAGACAUGGUUUAAUAUAGUCCUAGGUAGCCGAGUUAACUCUUGAGGAAAAGUUUAACUUCAAAUGAAUGUCAGUGGACUCACAUUGGUUAUCUGAAGUAUUUACUUGAAGACCAACAUCCAGAAAUACUUCACUAUAUGCAAUAAUUUCUCAUUUUGCAAGGAGAUUUUUUUUGUGUGUCAAAAAAAACAUGU